CCUACAAACAGUCCAUUCUUUGUAAUCUACUAGAAGUAUGGCGGCAGAACCAGAGCAAAUACCAGUCCCAGGAACAGAGCCUGCAUCACCGGGUCCUAAAAAGUGCCCCUUUACACCUGUACAAAGGCAAGAACUUAAAAAAAUCAUCAAGGAAUGCAAAGAGGAAAGCUUUUGGUACAGAGCUCUGCCUAUUUCUCUUGGUAGCAUGCUUGCCACUCAGGGACUCGUUUACAAAGGAUAUCUGACAGCAAACAAAAGGUUUGGCUCCCUGCCAAAAGUUGCAUUGGCCGGUGUCAUGGGUUUCUUGAUCGGAAAGAUUUCAUACAUAGGAACCUGCCAGAAAAAGUUUAAAAACACCGGAGUGGAAAAAAUGUUUGAAGCCGGCUUUGUUCCUGCCAUCGGUGGAGGAUUUGGUCCAGGAUUCUUUGGAAGCCACAAGCACUGUCACCACCACUGUGAGGAAUGUAAGAAGAAAUGCUCCAAGUCAAAAGAAGGGGCGGCGCAGCCCACCUCUACCUCCUGAACUCAGAUUUGACCACAACAUGGACACAGUGACACAAACAAGUAUUUGUUGUGUUCUCUUA